UUGUCGUGCAGCUCGAGUGGCACAAUCGAUGACCAUUACGUCAGAUGCCAUCGACCUGAAGGCAAGUGUCUUCACUCCUGCUUAGGAGUUGGGGCUGCUCCCACUUGCCAACCAGACGCACAGGGCACUUCGCCAAGGCUACUUUUCGCUUUCCAGUUAAUUUUAAGGAAAAGCACUCCGACACUUACGCGAAGAAAGUUACUUUUUUCACAGCUAACGUGAUGCUGUCUUUGCGGCCAAAGCUAUGUGGAGGCCAACUAGGUCUAAGGGCAUGUCGGGCUCCGACCCCGGUUGCCUGUAUUCACCGACCAGCCAGACGCUGCUUCCAAAAGAUUGACGCUUUAUACCAUAAUCCAGGGCCACGUGACUCAGGGCGUGCAAAAGGAGCUCAGCAAUCCCUGCAGCGCGUUCUCGACCUCGUGCAAAGCGGUGAACGGGAUGCAUUGGUUGACUACUUCGCGACGUCAAACCUCACCGACACGCCCUCGCUUCGACUGGCCAGUGGCUGUGAAGUAAUGGUGUUCGAGGACGUCCUGGAACGGAUGCUGCUGCAGUUCCCCAGCCGCCACUUCUUGGAUAGCUACGCCAUCCGACAUCUCAUCCUAUCUUCGCCAGCAUCGACACAGGUGCUGUCUGGCCUCAUGUUGGGUCCCAACAAGUACGUCCAGCGCAUGUCCGUCACCUCUCCCUCGGGCGAGAGCUGCAUCCUCACCUUCACCAUGACCGCCACCCAACCGUCACAACCACCAGCGCCAACAGCAGGGACGGCAGCAGCAGCAGCUCCCUCCGAGCCCGUAUGGCGGCUCAGCAGCGUGCGGGGCGAGCCCCUGUACGGCAGCGGUAGUACGGGUGCCGUACAGCCCAGCGGUCCCAGUCCGGAGCUCUCACCGGAGCAGAUUGUGGAGGCUCAGCUGGCGGCCCUGCAGCGCAAGGAUGUGUCGGCCGCCUUCCGCUUCCUGAGCCCCGCCAGUCAGAAGAUCAUGGGCGACGAACGCACGUUUGCUGAGAACCUGGCGCGGCACCGGCGGUACGGCGGGCUGCUGGGGCACAUGUCGGCCAGCAGUGUACGGCGCUGCGUGGCGCAGCCCCGCACCUACAUGGAGAUCGUGUCGGUCACCUCGGCAAGCGGAACUCGCUUCGUCUUCUGCUACAUCCUCAGCCUUGACACCCACUCGCAGCAGCCUAGCGCCUUCUCCGCCUCCACAGCCUCGCCCGAGGGCGCUACUUCCGCUUCCUCCGGCCCGGAGGCCGCAGCCGCCCCUCCCGACGCCCCAACCUCGGGAGAGACCCAUGGGUCGGCCGUGGGUCCCUACUGGGCCAUUGAUUUCGUUAAGGUGGUGGAUGAUCCCCGUUUGUUGGCAGCGGUGGAGAACAGUCGGGCAGCGCAGCAGCAGCAGCGGAGGGGGCAGGGACAGCAGCCGCCGGAUGCCGCGGAGUGAGGAGGAGGGGGGUGGCGUUGGGUAUGGUGUGGUCAAGGGCGUAUGGCACAACCGCGGUACGUCGUGCUAUUUGUUGCUGUGAGUGGCCGGCUGAACCAUGCAGGUUAGGAAGAUCGGGUGAUGAUAGUGGGUUUGGGUUGUACUGGUUUAGUCGUGUAUUUUGUAGAUGAGCACUCUAUCGUUGGGUCAUAACGCCUACAAUGCACCUGUCCUUGCGGCCAGUGUUGGUCCAUCCCGUAUUGGGGGCAAGAGAAGAGAAUUGUAGUUGUGUUUGCUUUAUCAUUUGCAUUAGCAUGCACUUGUUUUUGGUGGUUGACUUCGCAUCGUGCGUGGUACUAUCCGGGCUGUUAGUUUGUUGGUUUGUAUGGUGUAUUAUUUGCCCCUCAAAACUCCUGUACGUUGGGUUGUACGGCGCUUGAACUCUGGACUGUCGGCGGAGCCUCGGAGAGGAGGGCGGCUCAUAUUCUGCCACCGCUCCUGAACCUCUUUCCGGUGUGACUUGUUGCUAUUCCCCUGUGUGGGGUGGGGAGGGGUGAACCGACGAUAUUGUGUCGGCACACCGUGUAUCAGUAUGCCCGAGCAUCGUCAAGUCGACAUCCAUUGAAGAGUUCGUGGGUGUGUAUUUGAGUACUGCGAUUUCAGUAAGCUUUGCACCCCGUCUGUGUUUGCGCAUGUCUCAGUGUAAGCUAUAUUAAUUGGGCCUUCGUUGUCAUCUUGGCUUAUUUUAAAGGGGUUGAAUGCAUAGUUGUUGCAAUGUUGGGCUUGUUUAAUCAAUACGCUAAACUUUUUAUUGGGAAUGGUAUCUCCUUGUCGAUUGCUUGUUUCAAUGAAUCUUCACACACACACCCUGCUUGCUACCAUGAGGGGUUGCUGCUCGCUUGGGGUUUGGAGUAUGUGUAUUUUGUGGUGGCGUCCUCGUCACGCGGAUUGGUCCUUUGCUGCCCUGAGCUGACCUAACCAGAAAUAUCCACUGAGGGAGGACACCAGCGAGGCAACAACUGUGACCAUGUGGCGGGGAAGCUCGUGAGUCCGCUUGCUUGGGGAUCUACCUGGGCUGGGAGAUGCCUAACAGGCACGCCACCUGCAUUGUGGAGGGCACGAUGAGCCACGGAAUGCUGGAAUUAAAGCUGUUGCGCUGACAGGGGUGUGCACAAAUAGGCGGGCGGACAGCAGCGUUGCUCGGCGUGAUAGUCAAAAUACUUUCAUGGCACCGGUGCCGUAUCCAAUGUGGGUGCAUUACCCCAUGUUCCUGCCGUACGCAGCAAACAAGGUGUUCCAUCCUGGGCCAGCAACAAUAGGUGUUGUUACCCGCCACUAUCCACCACUUGCAAACACAUGACGAGC